AAUGAGAUAAGCCCGCAUUCAACUGGUGUUGCUUCAUGAACUGCCCAAAAGCGCAUUUGAUGCGAGGGAAAGCUCGUGUGUUUGACAGUGAUGUAGAUGUGUGUAUGUGUGUGUGGAUGAGAUAAAAACGCAUUCGAACGGAUCCAGUGCUCGAGACUUCAUGUAAAUACUCUCUCGCACGUCUCUCUCACACACAACGCGUUCACGACACGCACAACUUCCACUGAAUCCACCUGGAAACUAGAUACAUUUAGAUAUAUUUAUACCAAUGAAGGGUGAAGAUGAUGUAAAUACUGCCAGGAAAGAUGAGGAGGCUGACGGCUCCGGUGAGAAACUCUUGGGUUUCAACAGCACAGAGGAGCAGCCAUCGGGCCCGAGAGGACAAGACAGCAUGUGGAGAAAUGAGAAAUAUGAAACUGUCCCGUUGAAUGUUAAGGAGACUGAUGAAGACUAUUCUAAAGGCAUUAGAGAUGCGCUAUACCCCCAGACUGCUCUCCGGAAAGCUCACCAGGAAAACGAGAGACCGAAGGAUGCAAGACUGUGGCCUUACUUCCAGGAUGGCUUAAGGCGGAUAGAUUAUGUCCUCACCUACCACGUCCAGAUGCCCCAGAGCACCCACAAACAGUCGUCCAAGUCCUGCUUGUGCUGCAGAUUCAAACGUGAACCGAAAAUCCCACCUGCUCAUGUGGACCCUGAACUGGCAGCACAGGAGCAGAGGCUGGAUUACCAUGAUGACGACCAGCGCCUCCGCAGGGAGGAGUUUGAGGAGAACCUGCGAGAAAUGGGCCUUGAGAUGGAGAAAGAGGAAGGGACUAAACUACCAGGUGUGGGAUUCGUGAAGAUUCAUGCGCCUUGGGACGUUAUUUGUCGAGAAGCUGAGUUUAUGAAGCUCAAAAUGCCAACAACAAAGAAAUAUGAAGUCAGUCAGGGAAGCAACAUCGUAGAGACGGUCAACAUGUUCAUGCAGAAAGUCACUGCUCCCUUGCAACCUAAAGUUGGGGAAAACCAGACGGAAAAUGAGAAACACCUCUCCUAUCCGUUCUCACGAGAAAAGCAGCAUCUCUUUGAUUUAUCAGACAGAAAUUCCUUCUUCGACAGCAAAACCAGGAGCUCAAUAGUGUAUGAGAUUUUAAAACGAACAAAAUGCACAAGGGCCAAGUAUAUCAUGGGAAUCAGCAGUCUGUUGGGCAGUGGGGUGUACACAGAGGCCUACCCAUUGCAUGAUGGUGAUAUUGAUGGUGUACAUGCUGAAACCAAUGACAGAAAGAUCUUGUAUGAACAGUGGGCGAGUUACAGCAUAUUCUACAAGUACCAACCCAUUGGACUGGUCAGGAAGUAUUUUGGUGAGAAAGUGGGCCUGUACUUUGCCUGGCUGGGAGUGUAUACUCAGAUGCUAAUCCCAGCAGCAAUUGUAGGAGUCAUUGUGUUCCUGUACGGCUGUGCCACUGUGGACGACAACAUCCCCAGUAUGGAGGUCUGCGACGAGAGAAACAAUAUCACCAUGUGCCCAAUGUGUGACCGAGCCUGCAGCUACUGGAAACUGGUCACGGCUUGCGGCACGGCUAGGGCAAGCCACCUGUUCGACAAUGCGGCCACCGUUUUCUUCGCCAUCUUUAUGGCACUAUGGGCCACCAUGUUUAUGGAGCACUGGAAGAGAAGGCAAAUGAGGCUCAAUUACAUCUGGGACAUGACCAGCUUCGAAGAAACCGAGUGUCAACCAAGAGCAGAGUAUGAGUUCCAUGUCAUGAAGAAGUCCUUGAAGAAAGAGCAAUCCCCAAAGGCAGGAAAUGUGAAGCUGACAUGUAGAGACAGAAUGCCAGCAUACAUGACCAUUAUCGUCAUGAUGAUUUUUUUGAUCUUUGUGACCUUAGCCAUCGUGUUUGGUGUGGUGCUAUACAGGGUCUCCAUUAUGACCGCCCUGCACAUGAGUUCCACUCCCACAUUCCGCACUAAUAUACGGGCCACCGUUAAAACCACUGCUGCUAUCAUCAACCUCAUUAUCAUCAUCAUAAUGGAUGAGGUCUAUGGAGCAAUUGCACGUUGGCUCACUAUUAUGGAGGUGCCAAAAACUGACAAGAGUUUUGAGGAGAGGCUGAUCUUCAAGACAUUCAUAUUGAAGUUCGCAAAUGCAUUUACUCCUAUUGUGUACCUGGCAUUCUUCAGAGGCAGAAUCAUUGGACGUCCUGGCAAAUAUAUCUACGUUAUGGGGUCUUACCGAAUGGAAGAGUGCGCCCAUGCCGGCUGUCUGAUGGAAUUGUGCAUACAGCUCUGCAUCACCAUGCUUGGCAAGCAGCUCAUCCAGAAUAACCUGUUUGAGAUAGGCCUUCCGAAACUGAAGAAAAUGCUCCGACAACGCAAGAUAGACAAAAAUCAUCAGGAAGAGCUGAACAGAACGCUUCAUCGUCACGAAAAGGACCACUUCCUUGGGCCCUUUGUCGGACUCAACCCAGAGUACAUGGAAAUGAUCAUUCAGUUCGGGAUGGUGACCUUGUUUGUGGCCUCCUUUCCGCUGGCUCCUCUCUUUGCUUUACUGAACAAUGUCAUUGAGAUUCGUCUUGAUGCAAAAAAGUUUGUCACGGAGCUCAGAAGACCGAUUGCUGUGAGAGCAAAGGACAUUGGAAUCUGGUACACUCUUCUCCGAGGGAUCAGUAAAGUGGCCGUCAUUGUUAAUGCAUUUGUGAUCUCAUUCACCUCUGACUUCAUCCCACGCCUGGUCUAUCAGCACAUGUACAGUCCAGACGGGACUCUUCAUGGCUUUGUUAAUCACACCCUUUCAUACUUCAAUGUUAGUCACUUCCAGCCUGGCACAGAGCCCAUGCAGCCCAUGCACCUGGGAUACAAAGUGGACGUUUGCAGAUAUAAAGAUUACAGGGACCCUCCAUGGUCCGACACGCCAUACGAGUUCUCAAGAGAGUUCUGGGCCAUUCUGGCAGCCCGAUUAGCUUUCGUCAUCAUCUUUCAGAAUGUGGUGAUGCUGAUGAGUGACUUUGUGGAUUGGCUAAUCCCAGACAUUCCCAAGGACAUCAGCAUUCAGAUACACAAGGAGAGGAACCUCGUCGUUGAGCUGUUCAUGAAACAGGAACGGGGCAAGAAGUACAGGAACACCAAGGGUGACCCAAGCCCCCAGCCGCUCCGCUCGCGCCCCAGCUCACAGGCCUAGCCCAGCGCUCGCUCUGAUCCCGGUGCUGCGAGGGAAGCAGUAACCCGGUCCACUCCAGGGACCUGCUCAAACAGAACGGGAAGCCUGUUGAGGACCGGCCUGUCCUGGAGGACCACUGCUGUUACAAAGAUCAUUACAUGACUGCCGCCUCAUUGGUAUACCAGAAAAAAAGUUCCAACAACAAAAAGAUUUCUGUUUUUCUAUUGUCUGUUACUGAAUUAAACAUGCAACUUCUGCAGGUAGGUUUGUUUGGAAAGAGGGCUGUAGGGUUUGUAUCAUUUUUAUCUGUUGAAUGAUGAAUAUUGUAUGUAGUUUUGUGAAGCAUCGCUGCUUUAGCAUUAAUAGACGGCUAAUGAGCAUUUUAUUUGAAACUACAAUGCUUUAAUAUGAAUUUUAACAUGAAAAUGUAACAUUUAUGUUUUCGAUAUCGAUAGGAUUGAACUCUGAACCAACUCGUUUAAAGUGCUUUUUAAAUUAUUUAAUAUUAGACAUUUCAGAAUAUUUCUGGUCGAGUGAAUUAGCAACUAUCGAUAUCAUGCGGUUUCCUUUUUUUAGGCACUAAGUAGGUCUGUUCUAUCACUGUAAUGAUUGUGUCUGUUUAGCCUUUAGCGGUCUAUAUAUAUAAAAUAUAGACAUGAAACACUGCAAAUUAAUCAAAAUAACUACAAUAAUCACUUAUUAUUUUACUAUUCUAGAAUUUCUAUUAUAUGCGCUGGAGUGCUUGUGACAGGAUGUGGAUUGAUCUUGGUGAUUUUUGGCAGCAUGCAAGUGCUUGGUUUUUAGGUAGUGCAUCUGAUAAUGAAGAAAGGGUACGCUGUAUAUAAACCCAUGAUGCUCAAGAGGCCUUAAUAUUCAUGAAAAAUGAAAAUGAGAUUUGUGUCUUCUUAUCUGAAUGUUUUCUCUGGUCUUGAUUUGUGAUGUUCCGACCUUGAUGAAAUGACAGUGAUGAUGGAAGCAAUAUAUCUUGGUAUGUUGCAUGUGUCUUCCAUUCACAGAAAUGACAUGACAAAUAAAAGAGUGGUUUUAAUUCAAAUUAAUAUAAUAGAUGAAUUCAGUCUUACUGUUUGGGCAUUUGGCAAUGCCCCCUCCCUGUCUAUAAACUGUAAUUAUUAAACAAAACUGUAUUUCCUCUUUAUUUUUUUU